GGAAGUGGUAAUAAAAAUUCACAUUGUUUUUUUAAAGUACAACGGAAGUUGAAAAUGGACAAGAAGAAACCACGUACAAAAAGAUACAAGAAAGGAGUGGGCCUUGGAUCAUGGGCCUUGGGCCGCGGGCGGCGGCUAAAGAUGGACCAUAGAAAUCUGUUACAUCGUAGUGUUCUUUUACUGACUGGUCCAGAAUGAUGGCACAUAUAAAGAAAAAGACAGAAGAAAAAGAAGAAGCUUUGGAAGUAAUUGAAGAGAAAACUGGACAGCUAUGGCUCUAUAAUUCACAGAGUCAAGUUUUGGUGGUUUUGUGUGCGAACAGAGAGUGAAAAAAGGAAUUUCAUCUUUUUCACACACACACGCACAAAAUAAAAAAAUUCAAAAAAGAAAAGAGAAAAAGGGUUGCUUAGCCUAAGACCAAUAAGGAAAAGGGUACAAAGAGAUAGAGAAAUGAGAGCACCAAAAUGGAGACCAGCACCACCACCAGGGUUGGUUAUGGGACCGGCCAUGAGUCCUGCAGACAAUAAACAAGAUCAAGAGGAGCAUGUUUUCAUGAUGAAGGACAAGAAGUACGAGUUGCAUGGUGUAAUCUUGAUGUUGGUUCUGGUUUCAAUCUUCUCGGUUUUCAUUUUCUUCAUAGCCGUGCGUCCUUGUAUCAAGAUGGCUUCAAAUUCAUCAAGUAGCAGCAGCACUCAAUCAGAAGAUGGAUAUUGCUCCUACUGGAUUAAACUAUGGAGGAGGAUAAAAAGGAGUAGUAGAAAUGAAGAUGGUGAUGGUGCACCAGAAGUAGUAUCCCAGUCCCACCACCACCACCAGCAGCAGGAGGGCAAUAACAUUGAUGAAGAUGAAAUCAGUAAAAAUGUUACCCACACAAUAUAAAUAACAGUUGAAAUAGUGAAUUAGUUUCCCAGGUAGCUAUUAUAAGUUUUCUUAAUGUAAUUUCAUAGUAUGUUGAGGGGUGGUGAGUAAUUUAAUGGGUUUGGAGUGUCAGACUGAUAUUAUUCUUUUGACUUUGAAUGAUUAACCUCG